CCCGAGAAAUGAAACUUAGAGAGGCUGAUGACUUUUGAAGCAGGAAGUGAAAGUAAACAAGCUGACGUUCAGCUCUGCAGGCAGAGAUUAUUUAUUAUCACUGGUUGCUUUGUUCCCUGCAGACGUCGACAGAUCGGCUGAGUGUGAAGAUGAAGCUGCUUUUCUUCUUGAUUGUGACGCUGACGUCCUUCACCGAAAGGUCACUGCAUGCUUGGCCAGACUCCACAGGUGCUUCUGGAGUCAAUCUGAAUGGGAAGAUGUUCACUCUGUCCGGUUAUUACGGAAGAUUGACCUUCUAUUCGCCUUACGAGAUGCCCCCCGGGGCAAGUUCUACAUCAUACCAAACCACAGGUUACACCGACUCUGCCUCCACAGGUUACACCUCCACACCCAGCUACACCCAAACCAACACAGGCACAGCUGAAAUGUCUACCCAUAAACUAAAGACCACCACCCUUAAACCUACAACUCACCAUCAUCGGUACACCACCCGCUCCUCCACUCGGUACCCCUGGUCCACAGCUCCUUCCAUUAGAGGUGUGUCGGUGUGUUUGCGGUACAUCACAGACUCUCAGGGUGGCUCCAUCUUCACCCUCAGCCCCUCCAGACAGUCUCUGAGGCUGGAGGUUGGUGGCCUGCAGUCAUACGCGCUGAGCUUCAACAGUUACAACACAGUUUUCCUGCAACCUUACUUAAAACUCUGGCCUUAUCUGACGCCCAACAUGUGGACCAGCAUCUGCCUCACUGUGGACAGCGUGAAAGGCGUAGUUCAGAUGUUCAAAAACUCAAACAUGAGCAGCAGGAAGCUGCUGAACAACCAGUAUGUGUGGUCAGGUGACCGUGUGAUUGACUUUUCAAACUUUGAAGGUCAGAUCACUGAUGUGCAGGUUUGGGAUUUUCCUCUCCGUUAUCAAGAAGUCCUCUACUACAUGAGCAGCGGUGGCUACGGGUCCUACCAAGGGUCUGUACUCAGCUGGUCCUACAUCAGCUACUCCCAGUCAGGCAGGACGCUGCUGGAGGACGGUUAUCAGCUGCAGAGGGAAAAGCUGAACCACAAGCAGAAACACAGAAAUUACCUGAAGCGAGAAUUCAAGCCCAAGAAGCUUUUCCUCUUUGAGGAGCGCAAGAGAGAGCAAUGGGAGAAAGAGAUGUAAUGUUCACUGAAAUCAUAUUCUAACUUUUUGACCUUUCUAUCUGAACACAUAAUUAACAUGAAGAUUAAUCAGUUAAUAUUUGCACUAAUCAAAAAUAUCCUCAAAAACACAUUACAGGUUUAAUAGUUUAUUUUCCUUCUUUUGUAAAUCAAUUUAACUUUCAACUACAAUAAAGUGAUUUCUAAUUAAAUAA